CACCCCUUUGCUUUGUCUGCGUGGGAGAAAAGAAUAAACCCUCACAAAAUUCCUAUUCGCCUUUCCUUUUCUCGUUUCGUGAGUUUCUUCUACUCCCGGGCCCCAGCUCUCUCUCCUGUUGCUUCUGCGUUACUUCUCCCGCAAUAAAUUCAUCUCUGCAUCGCUCCUUUUGCUUCUCCGGCUGACUUUCCGGCCGAUUCCGCAUUCCGUUUUCCGUCGCCGGACGAAGUUGUAGAUACUCCCGGCUACCGCUCAAGGAAAGCAUGGCGUCAACGGAGGGGCUUGUGCCGAUCACCAGGGCUUUUCUGGCUUCUUACUACGACAAACAUCAGUUUCCUCCUCUCUCCGAUGACGUCUCUCGUCUGUGCGAUGAAAUUCGGUCCGUGGCCCGUGAUCUGCUGCAGGGGCGUACUUUGAGCGAAGGAGAAAGUUUAUUGGUGCGCGAAGCAGAAAGUACACCACCCCACAAAAUUGAUGAGAACAUGUGGAAAAACCGGGAACAGAUUGAAGAAAUACUUUUCUUGUUGAAAAGAUCCAAUUGGCCUACAAUGCUUCAGCAAUCAACAGCUCAAGAUGCUGAACUUGGUGCUGUCCUCUUGCGGUUAAAAGAAAAAUUUGAAAGUGCAUUGAAACUAUUGGUAACUUUCCAAGCCAGGAAUUCUGAACAUGUAUUCAAUACAGUUAUGACUUACCUGCCUCAAGACUUCCGUGGUACACUAAUUAGACAACAGAAAGAGCGUUCUGAGAGAAAUAAGCAGGCUGCAGUCGAAGCUUUAAUUAACUCUGGUGGAAGUAUACGUGAACAAUAUGCUCUAUUAUGGAAUCAACAGAUGGAACGACGGAAGCAAUUAGCUCAGCUGGGUUCUGCAACGGGUGUUUAUAAGACGCUGGUGAAAUAUUUAGUUGGAGUACCACAAGUGUUGCUGGAUUUUGUUCGACAGAUAAAUGAUGAUGAAGGGCCAAUGGAAGAGCAGCGACAUCGUUAUGGUCCACCUUUGUACAGCCUUACCAAAAUGGCACUCAACAUUCGACUUUAUCUAUCUCUGCUAUGGCGGCACCUUGAAGCGGGAAAACUACAAGGGAAUCAAAUACCUAUUCUGGAAAAAGCAGUAGAUGUCUAUGCAUCUGAGUUAGAAAGGUUCAUCAAAUUUAUUGGUAAUGUAUUUGUAAAUGCUCCAUUUUUUAUUACCGCUGAGGAUGCUGGUGCAAUAGAGGCCAGUAAAAAUGAAGAAUACCAGGAAGUAAGUGUUGCAGCAGGAAAAACACAUGAGGUUUCAUUGACGGUUGAAGACAUAAAUUCUUAUAUUGCUUGGGAUUUCUCAUUGAUCCAAGGGAGACUGAAUUUGCAGGAUAUUGGUUUUAGCUUGGAGUAUGAAGAUUCUUCUGGAAAGAAGACGCCAAUCUUACCUUACAAACGCUAUGAAUCUGAUCAAGGCAACUUCUGCGCAUGCAUUGCUGGAAAUUACAAACUCGUAUGGGACAAUUCUUAUUCAUCAUUUUUCAGCAAGGUCCUGCGUUACAAGGUGGACUGUAUACCUCCAGUUGUGGAGUCAUCGGCUUCGGCUAAUCAAGUAGAAGGAUGAAAGCAGCCUGCGGGCACGUUCAUUCCUCAGUUGUAAUUUGCAUACCAAAUUACGAAGUUGAAACUCCUUAAUAUAUGCACAAACGUCAAAUUGUACCAUUUGUUGUCUCACACCGAUUGUAUUUUUAGAAAUAUGGUAUAUUCAUUUGUUGUCUCACUCCGAUUGUAUUUUAGAAAUAUGGUAUAUUCAUGUUAGCAUCUCGCAUGAACAAUUCAACACCCAAUCCAAUAUAUUUCCCCA